CCAGCCGCCUCCACCAUGCCGCCGAAGUUCAACUCCAACGAAAUCAAAGUCGUAUACCUGAGGUGCACUGGUGGGGAAGUAGGUGCCAUGUCUGCCCUGGCCCCCAAGAUCGGUCCCCUGGGUCUGUCUCCAAAAACGGUUGGUGAUGACAUUGCCAAAGCGACUGGUGAUUGGAAGGGUCUGAGGACUACAGUGAAACUGACCAUUCAGAACAGACAGGCCCAGAUUGAGGUAGUGCCUUCUGCCUCUGCCCUGAUCAUCAAAGCCCUCAAAGAACCACCAAGAGACAGAAAGAAGCAAAAAAAAUAUAAAAAAAAAAGAAAUACCACUUUUGAUGAGAUUGUCAGCAUUGCCUGACAGAUGUGGCACUGAUCUUUAGCUAGAGAACUCUCUGGAACCAUUAAACAGAUCCUGGGGACUGCCCAGUCUGUGAGCUGCAAUGUUGAUGGCCGACACACUCAUAACAUCAUAGAUGAUAUCAACAGAGGUGCAGUGGAAUGUCUGGCUAGUUAA